CAGGUGGCUACUAUUCGGCAUCUCGCUCAUCAUACGUCAGUCCCUGUUCCUAAGAUCAUCUGCUUCAACAGCGAUAACGGGGACGAGAAUGACCUGUUUAUUGCGACGGAAAAGGUGCAAGGCGUAAAUCUUCAGAGCGUAUACCAUGAAAUUCCGUCCUUGCAGAAAGAAGCCAUCGUGACAAAAGUCGCACGUUGGAUUCUGGAAUUGUAUCAUCUUAGGUUUGACAAGAUCGGGAGUCUUCAUCUUUUACCGGAGGAUCCAAGCUCAGCAGCAGUUGGACCAAUCUCUACGGAUGUAUGGAAUAUUAACGGACGAGCGCGGAUCGAGGGCAUAGACCGUGGCCCUUGGCCGACUGCGAAAGAUUACUUCAAGGCUUGUUCCCAGCGAGAAUUGGACUGCUUAAAGCCAUUUCUUACGCAGGAAGGGUCGGAAGAGUACAAACGGACAGUGGAAGAAAGUAGAAUUCAGGUGGAGUAUAGUAUGGAGCUCAUGGAUCGGAUCAUCGAUAAUUGUGAAGGAUUGGAUGAAGACGAUCCUUAUUUCGCACCUUUUGCUGUGAACGCAAGGGCAUUUGAGCUAGAAAAUAUUUUUGUAUCAGAAGAUGACUUCUCUAAGAUUGUCCUAAUUGAAGGAUGGCGCAAUACCACGAUCCGACCUUUGUGGCAUUGUGCUCAUCUUCCUUCUUGGUUGACCAUCAGUCUUUAUGAAUCUGAUGAUACGUCAGACAAAAAGGCUCUUGAGAACACCUUCCGUAAGACUGUAUCUAGCCUUGACCGCAGCUUCUUGCUCGGACUCGAUGCUGGAGGGACACGACAAAGCUUGGAAGAAGUCUGUAACUAUGAUGCCCUUAAGUAUGGUUAUAUCGUCACGCCAACGCUUCAAAGCAUCUCAAUGACUCUACCGAAAAAGCUGGACAUUGAAGGUAUCAGAGAAGUCCUGGACCCUCACACAGACGUUGGUCGCGUUGCGCGUACCAUGAGUGUCACUCAAGGUUCAGCAUGGGAGUCAAUGUCGAUGAACAUUCAGUUCCCACCAUUGUCGCCGUCCAAGAGAUCUCCUACAUCUCCUUCGAAAUCGUACCCUUCCCAACCUGUGCUGAACCUGACUCUUCCUGCAGGGAGAUCACAAACAACGAAACAGGGUCUGAUGAAGACGCCAGAGGCGACAGGUGUGGACGAUGUGUCUGGAGGACCGGUAAACACAUCUGCCGAGAAAGAUGAGACACCUCCGGGUUCCACGACGAAGUUUACUCCUAGUGAUCAAGUGGACACCGAUAACCAAGAGGAAAACAUCCGCUCGUCAUACGCACCGGCAGACGGGGACGGCCGGGACGGCAGCAGAGUACAAGGAUCACAGGUACGAAUGAAGGUGCAUAGAUACACAUUGGUAGCUGACUAA